AAGCCAAGUGAAAUACAAAGGGAUUUACGAAAAUCUUUAAUUUCUACGCUAAAUAUAAAACCUACAGGACCCCAAAGUAUCAUCAUCAUCAACAGCAGCAGUAGCAGCAACACCAAGCCACCAACAACAACAUCAAUUGUACAUUUUGCAACAACAUCUGGAACCAAACAAUCAACUAUACAACGAACUUGUAAUUUCUCCACAAGAUAAGCAAGCGGUCAUCCACUGCACUGCGUCUGUUAUACAAAACAUAUUUGUGUGAGAGUUUGGGGAAGCUGUUAUAAAACAAAUUUAUCGUUGUACGCACACACAUUGAGGGAAUUUGAACGAGAGUUCCAGGUAUCAUCAUGUCCUCGAAUCGUCGCAUACGGCGUGAUGAUUUCGAUAUAGAACCCAUCGAAUCAUUUAAUGAUGGUGGCAAAUAUAAGUCUCGGUCAUCGGGAUCAAGAACACGAAGUCGUUCACGCAAACGAUCUUACAGCCGACGUCUUGAUAAUGGUUCGCGUUCCCGAAGCCGAUCUAUAGAUAAACGUCGUCAUAGACAUGCACGUGAUUCGAAAUCACGCAGUCGUUCAAGAAGCCGUGGGAGUCGUGGUUAUUCCCGACAUACAGACAGACAUAAUAAGAUGUCGCGUAGACAUCGUGACUCUAGAUCAAGAUCUUACUCCAGAUCUAGAUCUCAAUCGCAUUCAUCCAGACAUCACAAAGAACAUAAUCGCUAUAGGCGUGAUGAUUAUAAUGAUAAGAAUAGAAAACGCUCUCGUUCUCGUUCUACAUCCCGCAGUUCGUCACAGUUUCGUGAUUUUGGCCGUAAACCGACAUUAGGUCAAAAUCAAUCACCCAGCAAACCAUCAACAUCUUUAGCGUUGACAAGUGUGCAGGAGGAAAAUAAUGAUACUAAGGACACAUAUGAUAGUUUAGAAGAUUUACCUUUGCCACAACAGAAGUCCAGCGAUUCCAAAAAAUCGGAUGGAAUUUAUCAUUUUGAUGAUAAUGAACCUAUUGAUAGAGCACGCAUACAUCGAGAAAUGGAAGAGAAAUUACGAGCCGCAUUGGCUAAAGAGGGUAAAGUUUAUCCACCACCCAAACCGGAAGCAUCACAUCCUGUAUUCGCUAAUGAUGGUUCCUUUUUGGAAAUUUUCAAGAAAAUGCAACAAGCCUCAACAUCAACGUCAGCCGCUGCUGCUUCAACCUCAAACGCCAAAAAUUUAGUACCAAGCGUUCCCCCCAUAGCGGCAACUGCCAAUCCUACUACCGCUCCUUAUUUAGCAGCCGCAGCUGCUGGUAAAAGUGCUCCCCCACCACCCCUUGUGGGUCGUCGUAGAGGUGGUAAAAUAUUGAAAACUGGUGUUGUGGCUAAACCCAAAAUACAAACAGAUGCCAAUGCCGAUCCCAAAGAUUUUUGGUCUCUAUACUUGGCCGAGGUUAAUAAAUAUAAAAACACAGCUUGUGAAUCGGAACAAGGCAAUAGACCGCUUGUCAAAUAAAUGCUGUUCAGCCAAUAUACUCUCCAUUUUUACAUAAAUGUAGUGAACUUGAACAAUUGAGAUUUAACAAUCCCUACAAAAAAAAAAAAUUAAACAACAUUCUUGAUUAGGAACUGUGCAUAUUUUUUUUUCUUAUUUCCAUUUUUUACAACAUAUUUUUUAUUUUUUUGUUUUGUCUCUCUUUGAUUCUCAUUUAAUCAAAAAUCAGUUUUAGUUUUAGGCUUCCAAUUGUAGGAUAUUUUGAGUUUAUUUCUCUAUUUGAUUUUCUAUACAUACAUAUUUAUUAUGUAUUAAUCUCUAAUAUAAUACAAUCAAUAUAAUACAAAAGUAUAAAACAUAUAUAGUUUUUAGUAUCGUAAGUUAUUAUUUAAAUGGCAACAUAAAACAUAAUUGAUGAAUAUAAAUUUAACUACAAAAACAAACAAAAAAUAUAAAACCUAUAAAAGUGAAUUAUUUUUAAUGUUGAAAUAAGGUUUCUUAUGGAUUUACAACAGGUUUAAGUAAUGUAUGAUGAAAAUAAAUCUCACAAUUUCAAAUUAUUUUUAAACAUGACAAA